AUGACGCGUCCCCUGACCCCGAACCCGGGCCGGGUGCCUGACUACGAGAAGAGCCUCUACGACCAGUUCCAGCUCAUCUAUAACGACCUCCUCAACUUGAAGAACGACCGGGGGCGCCCGUUAUCGUCACAACAAAUCUAUACUGUCUACGAUAAGUUCCUCAAUUAUGUCCACGAAUUGAAGCUUACCCGUAAGGACGUUGAGUUAAAGGGAAUUACAGUUACUACCACGGCUACCGACCGCGUCAUCGACGAUAUCUGGCAGUUAUUGUCGCUAUGCUUUGUCACCUGUGGCCUCACCAAAUUCGCUCCUGCCACCUACCUGCUGUUGCUAGCAGUCUCCAAAUUGUUACACCAUUUAAAGGAGUGCCAAGUGUACACGCUUGACGACUUGAGGCCCAUCAAACUGAGGCUUGAGGAGAUUAAACAGAUUAUCGAUAAUAACGACCAAGAAGCGGAACUGGAACAUGAAGGUGAAUUCCACCACCAGGAAGAACUGUUAUUAUUGAGAAACAAACUUAAUGAGGCCACCCUGUUGUAUAAGGAGCUCAUGGAAGACUUUGAGGAGAUCCCGCUGGACUUGGAGCUGAUCUAUAACAAGUUGUUGCUGUUGAGAAAACUCAUGCUUAAAUACAUCACUGAAAACGUCAACGUCACUCCUAACGACUUGAAAGCGAUCAAAAUCCAAUUGAAGGAGGUCAUGGCUCAAAGAGGACCCGACGGCAAAUUCCACUCAAAAGUGGUUGCCCACGACGACCAUAAGUUCCAGGGUUUACUUAAUGGUCUUUUAGAGGACGUCAACAACCUUUUACGCGACGUUCAGAUUAAAAACGACCUGAUCUCGCUGCUUUUAGACCAGAAAAUGGUCAUCGACGCCGACGACGAAGCCACGCUGAUGAUGAACAAAUUGGAGUCGUUAUACAACCAGCUCGUCCAGAUUCGGGAAAACUUGGACAACUUGUACGUCACCCGCCGCUGGGACUUGCGGGAAACCGACUUGUACCUGUAUCAAAAGCAAUUAAGACAAAUUGAAGAGGAACGCGCCGAAAUCGGUAAACAAAUCGCCGCUAGAGGGAAACCGUCAGCACCCCCGCUGGGAACCACUACUCCCGUAUCUGGUGGCGCUGCUGGCGUCGCUCGCCCCACUACCGCCGCGACCUUUUUGCGCAAACAACAAAUCUUGAUCCUCUACUUGUUGAGACGGUGCUACUCGCUUGUGUAUAAGCUUUUGGAGCUGUCGGAGCCCGUAUCAGAGCUGUUACAGCCGAUCCACAACCAGUUGCUGACGGUGCGCCAGUGUCUUUUGGAGUUGAAGCGGGUUGACGGUCUUAACAACUUAAGAGAGCUUUAUCCGUUCCAGUUUAAAUUGGCUCUGCUUGACAAUUUACGCCAGGACGGCAAGUUUAUCAUCAACGGCCAGAUCCCCGAAGGUCAAGGCACGUUGAAUGCGUUGUUGGCCGAGUGCUUUGACAUUAUCCACGAGCUUAAGAUCGAGUUGGAAGAGAAGGAAGAGACCACCGAGACCGACGCCGACGGGCCUGCACCCACUAUCACCCAGACCAACGACGACACCGAGGUCGAGACCAAGCGUAACCGGUUCCAGCUGUUCUUAGCCGCCGACUACGACCAGGACUCCCACGACGAGAGCGAGAGCGACGACGACUACGACUUGAGCGACGCCGAGGGCAACGACUACUACUAG